UAAAAAAUUUUAAGUCAAAACUUUUGGCUGGAAACGAACAAAAUUUCUAAAAAAUCAAAAUUUCAGUUGCGGAACUAAAUUUAAAAAUUCUUUUGAUUCUCCUCCUUCCAUCCAACACCAUUCUCCACAAUGCCUAGCCCCAAAAAACCCGCCGACAACAAACCAAGUGCCCCCUCCUCGGAGUCGCUCUGCUCGAAACAAUACAAAAGUAAUUCCAAUUCCUACAUUUGGUAUCCUUCGGUCAAUAAUGUGCAACAAAUCGAAUAUGUACGCAAGCUCGAAUGUGACUACGAACAGCUGCAGACGGCAUUCCUCAGCCUAACAACACAAUUUGCCCGCUUACAAUUUCGUCUGCGUCAGCUGAUGCAGGCUCAGCCAAUGGAACGUGAAAAAUUGCUACGCGAUUUGGAACGCAUCGCCUUCGAAGAGGUGGAUGCCUAUAGCCAAUGUAAACCCGAAGAAUUGCCACGCAUUGAGCGGGAUAAUCAGAAAAUGGGUAACAUUGAGAAGAAACAAUCGCAAAUGAUAUGCCGUGUGCGGGGUCUGAUGGCAGAUUUACAGGAGGAGAGUGAUUGUCUGGUAACGGAAUAUCGCAACGAUCCCGAUUGGGAGCUGGAACAGGCGAAAAAGUGUGCAAGCAAAGAGGGUGAGCCAGCGUUGAAGGAUGUGAAAAGUCCAACGCCCUCAACUAAGUCCAAGGAGUCGAUUAAGGGAAAAUGAUUUGUUGAAUUAAAUUAAAAAAAAAUAAAAUUGUACAAUCCAUAUCAA